AUGGGGACAGAGUGCAGUCGGCGGGGGUCCCUGGCGCUCACCCUCAACAUUGUAGCAUUUACGUGUGCCCUGUCAGCAGUGACCACUAGCUUCUGGUGCGAGGGGACCAGGAAGGUGGUCAAGCCUUUCUGCACGGGGCCGGUGACGACCAGGCAGUCGUACUGCAUUCGCUUCAACAGCAGUAACAUCAAUGACAGCCGGCUGGUGCAGUACAUCUGGGAGUCGGGAGAAGAGAAGUUCCUGAUGAGGAAGUUCCACACCGGCAUCUUCUUCUCCUGUGAGCAGGCUGCUGACAUGAAUGGUUUUAACUGCAGAGACUUUAAAGACAUUGCACCUGACCAUGAAAAAGGGGUCCUGUGGCUGUGCAUCACAGCUGAGUGUCUCUACCUCAUCCUGCUGUUCACGGGUGGUGUACUCAUGUGGUUAGAGCUGUGUCCUUGCCUCAGCGUCAUGAACAAGCUGAAGCUCAACGCCUUUGCUGCCAUGUUCACCGCCCUGUCAGGCCUUUUGGGGAUGGUUGCCCACAUGAUGUUCACCACGGCCUUUCAGCUGGCUGUGGCUAUGGGUCCGGAGGACUGGAGGCCCAAGACCUGGGACUACAGCUGGUCCUACAUCUUAGCAUGGGGCUCCUUCGCCACCUGCAUGGCUUCUGCGGUGACAGCACUGAACAGGUACACCAAGACCAUCGUAGAGUUCAAGUACAAGCGGCGGAACAUUGAGAAGAACCUGAGGAUCAAGCAGAAGCUGCUGGAGAUGGACCUGCCAGAGCAGAUGUGGGACAUGUACCUGACGGCUGUGCCUGCAAGGGGAGAAGGAAAUGCUGGGCCUCUGGACCUCCCUGUCAAUGGGCACAAACCCUCCACUGGAGCAGCCUAUGUAAUGGGCCUGGACAGCAUGACAGAACCACAGGGAGAGGCCUACUGCUAA